AUGGAGGGUAUGAUCGGCGAACAGCUGGCAGUCGAAGAUGCUGUCGGGAAGGAUACGACUCUCUAUCUUGAACGGCACCUCUACUACAACUAUCGAGGCAGAUAUGUCGAGAUUUCUGGUGGGGUGAAUGAAAGUCUGGCUCGAGCUCAUGCGGAUUGUGCCAGGGUUCUGGCCAGCGUGGAGGCGGCCUGGGACUCGGUAGAUUCGGAGGGAUCCUGGAAAAAGCCAGCGUCCGUCCAUCUCGGCCUGGCUCAGCGAUACUGGGUGGAGGCGAAGAGAGUCGAAGACUCCGACCUGCGGUUGUUCAAAGGCCUGGAACAUCUUAUCGCGGAUGUAGACGCGUCGGCUGGAGGGUAUGGCUUUGUGUGGCGUGACCCGGAGGGCCGAGUGGUACGCGCUGAGGCCAGAGUGCAGAGCAAGUCGAUGGCAUUGGGGUCAUGGCAUUGUAAUCGUCGGGAGCUAUUCGUCAUAGCGGCUUGUCUAAGGCGCCUGGAUGAGGAGAUUCCACUCUUCUCCGAUCUAAAAAGAGUUGAGAUUCGUGGCGACAGCCGCGUGGCAGUGCGCCAAGCCGAUCCCUGGAACGUCCCUGCAUGCAAGAGCAUGGAACGACGAGCCAUCCUGCGUUUACGUGGGGUGGUGGCGGAAGCUACCCAUGCCCUGAAGUGCGGCACACCAUCGGUGACCGUAACCUUUGCUCAUCUGCCUGGGGUUAGUAAUGAUAUCGCCGAUGCGCUGUCAAGGGUAUCCCUCACUUCGAAAUAUAUCCCGGUGUUGGAGAAGCGAGAAGCGGUCAUAUUAGCGGGUUGCGCCGCGGUGGAAGCUCACUCAUGGCUGGCUGAUGAGGCCGGUGGUAUCCAUUCUAUAGCCUCCGUUCAGAGGUGGCGGAGACUACGUGCGUGUUUCUUUGCUCUGAAGGGCGUGGAGGACCCGUUGGAUAACGCUGAGUUGUUCGGACACUUUCUGAAAACCGAGCAGGAUAAGGAUCCUUUCUGUACCCGUACCUCUUCGGACGGUCAGUCGGAUGGCCGGUGUAUUAUCCCUGGAUUAUCGUACAGUUUCGAGAAGCGCCAGGGAUUGUUGUAUCGCGUACGGCCUAACUGCCCCAUAGAUGAUGGGCCUCGUUUGCAGUUGGUGCUUCCCCAGGCGCUGGUACCAGAAGUCGUUAUCGCCAUACAUCAAGAAGGUGGGCAUGCUGGCCUAACGGCCACUCUUGCAUCCCUGUAUACGGUGGCCUGGUCUCCGGGAGUGAGGAAGGUUGCGCGGAAAGCCCUUCGUGGCUGUUUGAGUUGUGCCCUUACACGGGACCGAGGAACCAGGGCUCAAGUGGCGUUUGGGGCGAGCAAAAUACCAAUCGCUCCUUAUGACUGCAUAGGGAUCGACAUUUACGGUCCCUUACGUAAGGUGAACGGCGAGGCGGAGAGCCAAGGGGGCGCACCCCGAACCAGGCAGGUGUUGAGCGUGGUCGACAGGCUCACGGGCCAUGCCAGUUUCUUCCUGAUGAAGGAUGCCCGUAGCAAGACUUUGGUCGAUCAGCUCGAGUUAUUCUUCUGGCGCAUUGGUAAGUGGCCUAAGGAGAUUUGGUGCGACAAUGCGAAAAACUUUGUCGAGGCGGCCCCAUUGGUAAGCUUUGCUAUGAUGAUCGAUUGCCGUCUGAGAACGACUCCCUCGUAUACUCCGCAAUGUGGUGGCUUUUGGGAGAGGAAGCACCGGGAAGUGUCGGAGACCUUGCGCUCCUGCUUGUGUGCCAAUCCGGAGGCCAGCUGGAAGUGGCUUAUGGCCAUUGCGGAAGCCCGGGUCAACUCGGUUUUUGCUGAGGAGUGGUUACAAGCUAGAGAGGACUUGUCUAACAAGUUCCAGGCCAAGGUCGCUAAGAAAGCUGUUGAUAACCGUCCUUUAGCUAUUGGUGAUAAAGUAAUUCUCUAUCGACCCGGUAACGUACCGGGGAUGAAGUUGGCCCCUAAGGCCACUGGUCCUUAUUAUGUCUUGAAAAAAAUUGGUACUCAAUGCUAUGAUAUAGGUGUCGCUCCGAAGGGUACUACCCCUACCUCCUCUCCGCAGCGGUCGUGGAUGGUUCACAGUUCUCGUAUCCGCAGAUUCGAGGGCGAGGGUGGUGAUGGUAACAACGUGGAGAUUCCUACUGUUGGAGCGGCCCUGAAAAGUGAUGAGAAUAACAUUUGCCCCAGCUGUCGAGAGACGCAUAGCGGUACUCUUGUCUGUUGUGAUGGAUGUGACAGAUGGUUUCAUAUGAGCUGUACCGACUAUGACGGCUUCCAGGAGUCUUGGUACUGCGCUGUCUGUAUGGCGGCACGAGAGUAA